AUGAGGACUCUACUCCAUGCAUUCUUGGACCCGACAAAAUCAUUGCCACAACAUUAUGGUUCAAUACAAGGAUUGGCAGCUCUAGGACCCAAUGUGGUUCGUCUUCUUAUAUUCCCAAAUCUAGAGCCAUAUUUACUACUACUUGAACCGGAAAUGCUUCUUGAGAAGCAAAAAAAUGGGAUAAAGAGACAUGAAGCUUGGUUUGUUUAUGGAGCCUUGAUGCGUGCAGCUGGUCUAUGUAUGUAUGAUCGGCUCAAAAUGUUACCUGGUUUGUUAACACCAUCAAGUCGUGCUAUCUGGAAGAGCCAUGGAAGAGUUAUGACUGCAAUGCCAAAUAAACGCAAAGCUAGCACGGACAACUUAAUGCAGCAACCAAUGCUUAAGAAAAUAGCAGCAGAUGGUGCAAUUGGUGCAAUGCCAAUGAAAUCCAUGCCAGUUGACAUGCGAGGGGCGGCAGGUGGAUUUCCUACAGCUGUUGGGGCUUCCAGUUUGUCAGUAUCGGCAAUAUCUCGGCAGUUACCCAAUGAAAACAUGUCAGGAAGAGAGAUUAGUGGACGGCGGUUAAAAACAUCAACUGUUCUCUCACAGGCUUGGAAGGAGGACAUGGAUGCAGGCCAUUUAUUAGCAUCACUAUUUGAACUUUUCAGUGAAAGCAUGUUCUCCUUUAUUCCCAAGCCUGAGUUGUCCUUUUUCUUGUGA